UGGAUAUCUUAUUAGAAUUGUGUCAGUUUUAUUAUAAUUAUAGUAGUUAAUUAUGCAGUUAUGGUUUAUUAUUAUAUUAUGAUUAAUAAUUAAUUAAGUCAGUAGUGGGAGGUUAAGUUUUAAGAAUAAAUAGGGGAGGGAUGGGAAGAUUGAGGGGCAUCUGAGGAUUUGACUGGGAAGGGGCCAUUUUGGCAAUAGGGAGGUGCAGACCCUCGAAGUUCUGCAAUAUUAUUCUGUAAUCAAAGGGAUUUUCCCUAUUUUAUUCUUCUAUAUCAGUUGAUUUCUAUCAGUUAGUCAUGACCUGACCUACACCAAACAUCCACCGUAUGUGAUGAUAACAGCUCGACAAUGGAGCCACUCCCCACACUUGUGCUUAGGGGCUCCGGUAAAGACUGUGCUGGACGAUGGGACUUCCUCCUGCUUCCCUCUUUAUCAUCUUUUUUAGUCAUGGUUAUCCGCACUGGCGGUACAUGAUCCCUUGGCUUAAACAUGCGUACAUGGGUCUCAUUACAUGUUAAUAAUUUAUUAAUUGAUUUUCUUAUCUGAAAUCUACUGCUGUUAGGGAUAUAUAACAGUGCAUAUUUUUUCUUCUAAAAAACAAAUUAUUAUGGUUAAAAUGAUCUUCAAGGCAAUAUAGUAUUGCAAAUUUGGUCUAGAGUCACUAACAUUUACCAAAUUAAUUUUUACAAAGUCAAACAGCAACUUGCCAUUUUUUUUUUUUGAAGAGCAACUUGAUAUCUUAUCUUGCAUAGGGAGUUCUCUGAUGUCAGCUGAUGUUAGCAUUAUAAAAUGAAUACUGGUUCAACUGCCUCUUUGUAUUUGUUUAGUGGAAUAUAAUGGUUGUACAAGAAAUUUGGUAUGUUACCCAAUAGAAAUUAAUAAUAAUUGUAACUCCCAAGAAGCAAGAGCAUUGACAUAGGAUUAAUUAAAGAAUUUGCUUACAUCACAUGCAUCCAAGUCUCUGAUAAUAAAACUAAGAACUAAGGUUGAAGGAACAGGAGCACCUUAUGUUAAAAAGAGUUUACAGAAGGAUAUGACUCUGAGGGAUAUCUUUUUUAACAGUACAAAAAAGCGUGAAGCAUAGUAAAGAUUUAAAGCUAGCAAAGGAGUGGCCAUGGAUGUUAUUAUUCCAGUUGCUGCUACAUUUGUUGAGUAUAUGUUUGUACCUAUUGGACGUCAAUUUGGUUACAUACUCUACUACAAGAGAAACCUUGAAAGGAUGAGAACUGAGGUCAAAAAUCUGGAAGGAUCAAAAGAUAGCGUGCAACACACCGUUGAUGAGGCUAGAAGGAACGGGCAAGAGAUUGAAAAUAUUGUGCAGAACUGGCUGAACAAAGCGGACAGCACUCUUGGUAAGGCUAAGAAACUUAUUGAGUCUGAAGGUCAUGCAAAAGCUCAGUGUUCUAUGAGACACUGUCCCAAUCUGUGUACAAGGCAUCAACUAAGCAGGAAGAACAAAAAGAUGUCACAAGAGAUUUCUGAAGUCCUCGCACAAGGAAAAUUUGACAAAAUUUCUUACCGUUCUGCUUCUCAAGUGGCAGUCAAGCCAUUUAGUAGAGGUUAUGGGGCCCUGGACUCUAGCACAUCAAUGUUGAGUGAGAUUAUGAUGGCAUUGAAUAAUCCUAACAUCUUCAUUAUUGGGGUGUAUGGGAUGGCUGGAGUGGGCAAGACAACACUAGUGAAAGAGUUACUUUGGCAAGCUCAAAAUGAUGGGUCCUAUAGUGCUGUAGUAAUGGCUACUAUAAGUGGGUCUCCAGAUGUUGAAAAUAUUCAAGGCCAAAUUUCUGAUGCCUUGGAUUUGGAAUUUAUCAAGGAGACCAAAGAAGGGAGAGCAAGACAAUUACGUGAAAGGAUAACCAAGGAGAAGAAUAUUAUCGUUAUUUUGGAUGAUAUAUGGGGCAGACUUGAUUUGGAAGAAGUGGGGAUUCCUUUUGGUGAUGACCACAAAGGAUGCAAGUUGGUGGUGACAUCCAGAGAUCUUAAUGUGUUAAGCUGUGAGAUGGGCACUCAGAAAGAAUUUAGACUUGAAGUUUUACAUGAGGACGAUAGUUGGAAAUUGUUUGUGAAAAUGACAGGUGAUGUUGUUCAAGAAUUCAAUAUAAAGCCCAUUGCAGUAAAAGUGGCAAAAUGUUGUGCUGGUUUACCCCUUUUGAUAGUUACAGUAGCAAAGGCUUUGAGGAGAAAGAAUGUCUCUGCUUGGAAGGAUGCCUUAAAUGAAUUAGAAAGAUUUGAUCAAGAAGGAUUGCAUAAGAAAGUUUACUCUACUCUGGAAUUGAGUUAUAAUUGUUUAGAGAGUGAGGAACUGAAGUUGCUAUUCUUGUUCAUUGGUUCCUUUGGACUAGAUUACAUCUACAUUGGAUCGAUGUUUUUAUAUUAUUUGGGGUUGGGCUUAUUUAGACACUAUCACACAUUGACGGAUGCAAGAAUCAGAUUCUACAAAUUAAUAAACGACCUGAAGGCCUCUUCGUUGUUACUUGAGUCCGAAAUUGAUCGGGUUAGACUUCACGAUGUUGUAAGAGAUGUGGCUAAAUCAAUUUCAUCCAGGACUCGGCCAACCUAUGGGGUGAAAAGAUACACCGAAGUAAAACAAUGGCCAGAGAUGGAUCAACUAAGAAAAUGCCAUCAGAUAAUCAUUCCUUGGUCAUAUAUUUACAAGCUUCCUGAAAAGCUGGAGUGCCCAGAGCUAAAGCUACUACUACUUCAUAAUAUAGAUGACUUUUUGAAAGUCCCUGAUGACUUCUUCUCCGGGAUGAGAGAGCUAAAGGUCAUUAAUUUAUAUGGAAUGAUACUUACCCCUUCUCCACCACCAUCUCUUUAUCUCUUGACAAAACUUCAAACAUUGGUUCUUUCUGGAUGUGUAUUAGAAGACAUAUCAAUUGUUGCAGAGUUGAAAAGUUUAGAGAUUCUCAGGCUUGAAAGAUCUCAUAUUAAAGAGCUACCUAAAGAAAUAGGGCAACUAACUAAUCUUCGAAUGCUGAACUUAGCCAAUUGCUCUGCACUAAGAUUCAUUCCUGCAUAUCUUAUUUCAAGCUUAACACGCUUGGAAGAGUUGUACAUGGGGAAUUGCUUUAUUCCAUGGGAUGUCAGUGGAAGCAAAAAUGCAAGUCUAGAAGAGCUAAGGAAUUUGCUUCAUCUAACUACUUUAGACAUAAUGAUUCAAGAUGCUUCUGUUUUGCCAAGGGACUUGCAGGUUUUUGAAAAGCUUGAAAGAUACAACAUAUUUGUUGGUGAUAGGUGGAAAUGGUCUUUGGAAUGGUCUGGGGGUGCUUCUGAAUCUUCAAGAAUACUUAAGCUCACGGACAAUAGGAAUUCAAGCAUUCUUUUGGAUCCUGGGUUGAACUUCUUAUUAAAUUCAGCUGAGGACAUGUGUCUUGCCAAAAUACAUUGUGUUAGAAAUUUCCUUUAUGAACUGAACCGGGAAGGUUUUCUGCAGUUGAAGCAUUUGUGCAUUCAAGACAGUACUGAAUUGAAGUACAUCGUUAAAUCAAUGGGCUGGGUUCAUGCUUAUCCUGCUUUACCUAACUUAGAAACUUUGGUUCUUCAAAAUCUAAUUAAUCUGGAAGAAAUAUGCCAUGGCCCACUUCCAAUUCCAUCUUUUACCAAAUUAAAAUCUCUUGAAGUCAAAGGUUGUGAAAAGUUGAAGAAUUUGUUACGGUAUUCCCUUGUUAAAAAUCUUCCUCAUCUUCUCGAAAUAAAAAUUUCUGACUGCAAAAUGAUUACGGAAAUCAUUGUUGAGCAAACAUCUGAGGCUGAUAAAGAAAUUGACAAUAUUAUGUUCCCCAAGUUGUGUUCUCUUGAACUUGAGCAUUUACCUAGUCUCAUUAGUUUCUGUUCUGUACCAUUGAUAGCUGAGGGUCACAAGAAGUGUGUGGAAAAUUAUGAUGAUAAACACUGCAUGGAUGUGGCACUAAUUGAUCAAAAGGUUGGAAUGCCCCAGCUUGAAAUCUUGAAGCUGUCUAAUAUCAACUCAAGGAAAUUGUGGGAUGACAACCUUCCCGGUCAUUCUUGUAUUCGAAACAUCAAGAGUUUGACAAUUGACAAAUGUGGUGGCAUUGCGUGUGCAUUCUCAUCCUCAGUGGCUAAAGAACUUGUAAACUUGGAGUAUCUCGAGAUUAGUAAUUGCCAAAUGUUGGAGGGCAUAUUUAUCUCUGAUGGAAAGUUGGGAAGUCUUUCUUCAUCUCAGAUAUCAUUCUCUGAUGAUGAGGUUAUAUUCCCAAACUUGGAGACAUUGGUAAUAUCCCACAUGGAACACUUGAAGUCAGUAUGGGACAAUCAAUUAGCUCCAAAUUCAUUCUGCAAACUGAAGCAGUUGAAAAUUGAAUUCUGUAAUAAAUUGUUGAAUGUAUUUCCAUCUUAUGUGCUUGAUAAAUUACAGAAUUUGGAGACACUGACUGUAAGUGAUUGUCCUGCCUUGGAAGUUGUAUUUGAAAUGAAAGGUCUAAAAGCAGAUUGUGGUAGACAAUCGAGGCUGGAAAUGCAAUUGGGAACCCUCACUUUGAAACAUUUACCAUUACUUAAACACAUAUGGAGUUGGAAUCCUAAUGAAAGAUUCAAGUUUCAAAACAUCUUCCAAUUGAAAAUUACUGAUUGCAAAGGCCUUAGUCAUGUUUUUCCUCUCUCUGUGGCUAAAGAGCUUCUGCAUCUCCAGGAGCUUUAUAUAGAAAAAUGUGGCAUAGAGAUUAUAGUAGCACAAGAUGAAACGGCUGACACUGUUCCAGUACUUAAUUUCCCAGAAUUAACAUCUUUGAGUUUUCGUGAUUUGACACAACUUCGAAGAUUCUACCUUGGAUUACAUACCUUAGAUUGUCUUUUCUUAAAAGAUGUGGAUGUGCUUCAUUGUGACAAGCUUGAACUAUUCACACUAAGGUCUCUUAAUUGCCAAGACAAUGUACUAGUUGAUACACUACCCCUUCUCUCAAUUGAAAAGGUUGUCUCCAACACAAGGGAGCUUAUUCUAAACAGUAAGGAUGUCACAAUGUUAUGCAAUGGUCAACAUAACAAUGAGACAAUCUACACGGUAAAAGCUCUUCGCCUACGAUGUUUUCAUAAUGAGUCUGACAAAUUUCCAUCAGGUUUCCUCCAAAGGUUUAUCAAUCUCAAAAACCUUAAGAUAACUUGUAGUUCCUUCACAAAGAUUUUCAGUGGAUGUGCUUCCAGCGGACAUUCUGAAACAAUUAUGAAGUUGAGAAGUUUAGUGCUCGUUAACUUACACAACCUCAAGUUUAUUUGUGAAGAGAAAUUUGAGGUGCAAACAGUUCUUCAAAAUAUUGAAAACUUGUUUGUAUAUAGAUGUCCUAGACUCAAUAAUAUAGUUCCAUCCUCGGUGCUGUUUGAGAAUUUACAACAGUUGGAGGUAGGCAAUUGUGCUGGUUUGGAAAAUAUUGUGAAAUCAUCAACAGCUAUCAGUUUACAGAAACUUAGAAAAUUAAUCAUCGAGGGUUGUGAAAAGAUAGGAGAAAUAGUAGCAAGUGAUGAUGAGAAUGAUGAUUCUGAGCUAAGUUUUAUGAAAUUGGAGUAUUUGCGUCUGAGUAAUUUACCAAGGCUAAGAAGUUUUUGCAAGGGAAGACAUGGCCUAAAAUUUCCGCUUCUGCAGAAGUUAUUCGUAGUAGAUUGUCCAAUGAUGGAAACUUUCUCACACGGAGUGUUAAACGCACCAAAGCUCAGAGCAUUAAAUGUAAAGGAACAAGAUGACUGGCAUUGGAACGGUGACCUUAAUACUGCAAUAAGAAAAUAUGUAGCUAAAAUGAACUCUAACGAUGAUUGAAUUUGUCCGCAACAUUCAAAUGAAUGCUCAAGUAGACCGUUCUUCGCAACCACCUGGGCAAAUCAGCAUGUAUUGGGUGCGAGGCUAAUCCCUAAUGGCACAAAUCGUUUACAUCAUGAUGUAUCAGCCUAAUGACUUUUCUAUGAUAAUGACUUCUGUCUCUUGUAAUCUAUUAUUAGCAAAACUUAUAUCUCUUAAACUUCCUCACUCAGUUAAAAUAGGUAACUCAUGCUUGAUUCAGUGUGUUUGUGUGAUCGAUUGUUAAUUCUUGAUAUUAAAUUGGUGGGAUAGAAAUGCAUGUUUCUUCAGAA